AUGAAUCUUUCACUUCUCGACCCGUUUACUCUCGCGCAAGAUUAUCCCGAAUCUCUCUCCUCCGAGCUCCGAUCCGGCCACUCUACCUGCGUCCGUUUUAACCGCAAGGGAGAUCUGAUCGCAUCCGGCAGGCUCGACGGCACCGUCGUCCUCUUCGAUGUCGAAACAAACGGUCUAGCGCGCUAUCUUCGUGGUCACGUACGACAGAUUCAGUCACUCAGUUGGUCCCAGGAUGGGCGGUACCUUGCCAGUGCUUCACAAGACUUCAAGGUCAUCGUAUGGGACCUCUCAAAAAACGGAGAAGCUUCUGCAAGAACUGUGCGGUUCAAUGCGCCGGUAUACUGCGCAGAACUACAUCCUUUAAACCCUAACCUGUUUGUCUGCGCCCUUUUCGAAGACACCCCAUACCUUGUCGACAUUACCGACCCGAUCCCUAAAAAGUACCCCUUCUCGAGCGCACCUAAGCGGCCUACCAUACCUGGCGCUGAAGAAGGUGAAAUUGAUGAAAAGCGAGCAGCUGCAGAUGCAAAACACCUCACCACAGUAGCUGUAUUCACGGUGUCCGGGGAACACAUCAUCACUGGUACGAACAAAGGAUGGGCCAACAUUGUCUUCACAAGAACCAGGGAAACGAUCCACUCUACAAGAAUCACCAGCGGCUGUAUAACAUACAUCCGACUCACGACUUCGGGAAGAAACAUGGUCGUCAAUUCCAACGACAGAGUUCUACGAUCGAUCCAUAUCCCAGACACACUCAGAGAGGGGGUUAAUGGGAACGAAAUCAAGCUGGAGGUGGAGCAUAAAUUCCAAGAUGUAGUAAAUAGGCUACUAUGGAAUCAUUGUACCUUCUCUGGGAAUGGCGACUAUCUUACCGCUAGCACAUUCAAAAAUCAUGAUAUUUACAUAUGGGAACGGUCGAUGGGUUCUCUAGUCAAGAUCCUCGAAGGCCCUAAGGAGGAACUCGGUACCGUAGAGUGGCACCCUACGCGCCCUCUCGUCGCCGCUGCUGGCCUCGAGUCUGGCAAGAUCUUCAUCUGGGCCACUUCCAACCCUCAACGGUGGUCCGCACUUGCGCCUGAUUUCCGCGAACUCGAAGAAAACAUCGAGUACCAAGAGCGGGAAGAUGAAUUCGACAUACAUCCGAAGGAAGAUGUGACGAAGCGGAGAUUACAUCUGGAGAAUGAGGAUGUAGAUGUCAGAACUAUCGAGCCAGUUAGGGGAGAACUGGAGGAUAGUUGGACAAUGCCCGUUGUGUUAGACUUGGAGGAUACGGAAAGUGAGGAAGAAGUGACGGUGGCUGGGAGACGAAAGAGCCCAGCAGUAGAGAAGGAGAAGAGAGGAGGGAGGGCAAGGAAACGGAAGGUUGAUGGAUAG